CAAAUGACUCCUCCCACCACGCUGACCCACAGGGGGUCCUCAGACUCCGGACCCCCAGACUCAAACUGCAGCGACAUCACCUUCUUGCGGGAAGAUGGAGACCCGGUGGUGAGCUCGCUGAUGUUCACAGCGGGCGUGGUGGGCAACAUGGUGGCCCUGGCCAUCCUGGGGGUCCACCGGAAAGAGCUGCGCACCAAGACCUCCUCGUUCUGCAUCCUGGUGACGGGGCUGGCCAUCACGGACCUCUUGGGCACCUGCAUCCUUAGCCCCGUGGUCUUCGUGGCCUACUCACGCAACGCCACCUUGCUGGGCAUGGUGGGCGGCAGGCGCUGGCUGUGCGACCUCUUCGCCUUCGCCAUGAUGUACUUCAGCCUGGCCGCCAUGAUGGUCCUUUGUGCCAUGGCGGUGGAGCGGUGCCUGGCCAUCAGCUACCCCUACUUCUACUCGCAGCACAACAUCCGCCGGUGGACCAAGUUCUCCCUGCUCUUCAUCUACGCCUUCGGCACCUUCUUCUGCGCCUUGCCGUUCUUGAACGUUGGGAAAUACAAGCAGUACUGCCCGGGGACUUGGUGCUUCGUCCACAUGGAUAAGCGUCACGACGCAGCCUUUUCUCUGUCCUACGCCACCUUCACGGCCCUCCUCAUCCUCGCCAUCUUCCUUUGCAAUGCCUUCGUCAGCAUCAGCUUGUGCCAGAUGUACCUCAAGCAGAAGGCCCGCCGGCGCGGCUCCAUCAACGUGGCCCAGCGCCGGCGCAAGAGCUGGUUCAGCCGAGGGGAGGAAGAGGUGGACCACCUGAUCUUGUUAGCGCUCAUGACCGUCAUCUUCGUCAUCUGCUCCUUGCCUCUCACGAUCCGAGCCUACAUUGGUGGCAUCUCCCCAGACGGUGACGAGAAGCAAGACAUGCUCGCCUUCCGCCUCAGCGCCCUCAACCCUAUUGUGGACCCCUGGCUAUUCAUCAUUUUCCGUAACUCUGUCUUCCGAAGCAUCCGAGACUUCUUCUGCUGCCGGCUGGGCUGGCUGUCUUUGCCCCGGACACGGAAGGCUUCGGACAAGGUUGGAAUGCAAGACGGCCCCUCUUUCCAAGGCAACUGUGUCUGCUGAGAGCAGAAGUCUCCCUCAGUCACCAGGACGGUUUGGGCUGGGUUCCCUGCUCCGGAGUAGGGACCAUGGAUGAAGAUGAGGAGGAGAAACGACAUCCCUCCCUUGCACCAUCUCAAGAAGACUGCCGAAUUUGUUGGGCUGCUCCAACUUCUAAGGCACAGAUCAGAUCGGCUUGUGGUUGUAAGAGGUGGGAAGUCAAUGAGAGCUCUUUGGCCACAAGGGGUCCUGGGGGCUUCUCCAGCAGGGAGGCCCUCUGCGGGAAUGCACAGCUUGGUUUUUCAUCUUCAGCCCCCCCUAAAGGGAUGCUAGGAAAGGAGAUGAGAAGCCAAGAUUCAAAGGGCCCUCCGAUUCCCCUGCAAAGGGGAGGGAGGGAAAGGGUGUGAAUGCACGGGGAUUAAGGUGCAUUGGCUGCUGUGAUUGGGACGGCCUGGCCCACCUGCAUCUCAAACAGCCCCCACACCUGGUGCUAUUGAGUGCAUCCAGGUACCAAAAGGGGGAGCAGUUACAAAGGGUGUGUGACUCUUCCACUCUUUGGUGCCAAUUGCUUUCAAAACACAGGAUGUGAGUGAUUUUUGAAGUGUUACUGUGAAUCACUGAAAUUGUAAAAAUAAAGGACGAGUUUGGGGAGGGAUGAGUCUGGACUCCCCCCACCCCCACUCCAAAUAUAUGGAUCCUCCUAGCCAAGGGUGUGUGUAUUUUGCACCUUUCCUGACAUUGUGCACUGCUGUGGCAAAACUGAUGCAAGGAGCCAGCAUGAUGGAGCAGUUGACAUGUCAGGAUAGGACCAAGGAGAUGUGGGUUCCAAACGCCACUCUGCCAUGAAGUUCAAUGCAUAACCCUGAGCAAGUCACAUCUUGGUUGAGCCUACCUUUUAGGGUUGUUGUGAGGAUGACAGAGAGGAGAUCCAUAUGCUCUGCUCUUUGGUGGAAUUGGUGGGACAAAAAUAUGGCACAAGUAUCCUGGAGAUCUUAGGAGAUAGUAUGAAAGUGGACCAAAAGAGGUACAUGUGUACACACACACGCACGCGCACGCACACACACACACACGCACACA